CACUUUUUUUUCACGCCAGCUCCUCUCUUUUGCUUCCUGUCAGCGCGGUGGAUUUCAGCUCUUACUUUUUUCUUAUCAGGGAUUGGAGCGUAAAGGGGCUGGCGAUAGGACGUGGAGGUGGUGGUCGAUCUACGUGGUGUCUGCGCGCGGCAAUCGUACGUGGCAUCGGACGAACGGAAAAGGACAGGUGUCGUUUAUUCAGGCAAUCAUCGUCAUGAUUCUUCAGGCAUGGAGCUUGGCGACGGCGCCGUUGAUUAUCGUGGGUGGCAUCGCCGCGGCUGUGACCACGGUGUCCUAUGUGCUGGACAAGCCAGAGCAAAGGAAGGAAGAAACUGGCAAGCAGCCGCGUCGGUCUUCUCGAAAGUAGCUAUGGCGUCGCACGUUUGCAGCUAUGACAUCGGUCUUCUUGGAAGCAGAAAGCUGGCAAGCAGCCGCGUCGGUCUUCUCGACAGUAGCUAUGGCGUCGCACGUUGCAGCUAUGGCGUCGCACGUUUGCAGCUAUGACAUCGGUCUGCUCGGAAGCAGAAAGCUGGCAAGCAGCCGCGUCGGUCUUCUUGAAAGUAGCUAUGGCGUCGCACGUUGCAGCUAUGGCGUCGCACGUUGCAGCUACGGCGUCGCACGUUGCUAAAUUGGAGGAGUGGGGAGGGAAUGGGAGAGUCUGGCGCGCGAUCAAUGAUAAACAAGAUCCACGUUGAUGACGAAAGUACACGCACCUUGAGAUCAUCAUGUUGCAUGGCGCUGGCGUUCACCUGGGGGCAGCAGGGGCGCUGUGGCGCACCGUAGACUGGCGGAGUUGUUGUGCGGCGUUGGCUGCUCGGCGGAGUUGCGCGGCGGCUUUCGCUGCCCGGUGGAGUUGCGCGAUUUUUGCCGCUCGGGGGAGUUGCGCGGCUUUUGCUGCUGUUGCCCAUCGACCCGCCCCCCAACCCCCUCUCUUCCACAUGAGUGCGUACCCUCCCCUCCCCCCCGCCCCCCCGCUCGGCUCCAUCUUCUCCACAAUUUCCGUGGCUUGCGCCCCGCAAGAAUUCUUCUUGGCUUGCACUCUCCGCCGCAGCAGGAAGGAGGAAUGGACGAAUGCCUCCCUCAGCCGUCGUCUUGGGGUUUGCUUACGUUUGGUUGUUCCUUGUUUUCGAUUGACCCUUCUGUUGUUCUCCCCUCCAAUUUGUUGUUUCUUCGUGAUGAUGGAUGUAGUCCUCCUUUAGGUUAUCAUGCUGUCACUGAUUUGAUCUCAUUUAUAUUAUCGAGCCAAUGAUGAUGACGAGGAUGAGGAUGAGGACGAGGAUGAUGAGGAUGAGGAUGAUGAUGAUGGGCACUGGAUUGCGCUAAUGAAUAAGCAGCAGUGGAAGUCUUCAGGUGAAAGAGAGGAGGAGGAGGAUGCACGUAAUGAGGGUUGGGGUUAGGAUGAUGAUGAUGGGGUUUGGGAUGGAGGGGAGGGGGAGUGAGGCUGGUUGAUGGGCUUCUUCUGACGUAGAGGGUAAGAGUUGAUUAUAGAUUGUGUGAAAAAAGGGAAAAAAAAAGAGAACCAGUUUCUGUUUUGUGACUUGUAAAUGCUGAUUACUCCCCUUGUAAAUGCUUAUUACGCGUCUUGAUUAUGGAUUUUGACGAUUGAUUGAUUGAUUGCCAUGAUUGGAUGUGGUUGCGCUGCUGGACUUGCUUCACUGAAGGAGCUGUGACUCAAGUAACAAUAUGACAAAACGU